AGAAGUUUUCGAACCGAACUGGGACGCUAAAUAAACUCACUCUCUUUGGGUUUAGUAAAACAAACUUUGUCGACAAAAGCGGUUGCUAUACUCGAAAUUGUAAUUUCACCAAGGCAUCUAUAGAAAAAGAACAAGAAGAUGUGCAAGUGCCUAGCCGGAAACGUAGCCUGUUGCUGCUUCAACUGUGCGCUUAGUGUGCUCAUUUCAGUCAUCAGUACAUUUCUGGUGGUCAUCAUUGUAGUCGGAUUGGCCGUCUACUUUAUUUACUACUACGAAAAGGAGGAUGAUGUUACCAAGCUCACAAAUAAAGUUACCGAUAACUUCCAGUCAGGAUUGGAUAAAAUCAAGGAUGCCCUAAGCAAAUAAAAUUAAGAACGGAUGAUAAGUUUACAUAAAAAUAUGUUCCAAGCUUUGCAUAAUUCCAUUGAACCAGAUUAAUUGCCACCAAUUUACACAAUCAAACACCGCCGGAGCCUUUUAGAGGAAGAUAAUUGUUAAACUUUUUCAGUAACGGUACAAAUAAUUAUUACACCCUCUAAAUAUUAUUGAGAAUCUCCCACGUACAGAAAGUUUCAAUACAAAACAAUUUUAUAAUUAUAUAUUUAUGAUGUCUAAAUAAAAAUUACUUUCUAAAAAAA